UAAUGAAUGUUGUAUUUUCAUUUCAACCUUCGGAAAUAAAAAUAUAGUUUUAAAAUUCCAUAAAUGUUAAAAUUUUACAAGUUAAUGUUUAAAAUCAAUAAUUGUUUAAAUAUUUUAAGUGAAUUGGAAAUGUCAAUAAAAUGUCGAAAUUUUGCAAUGAUCUCGUUUUAAAGAACUGUUUAAAAUGGAUAUCGAUAUUUCAGAUGUAAAGGAGAUUGAUUCAGUCUCCCUUGAAAAGGAAACGUGCAAGAAAUUUGACGAGUUGCGGUUUUUGCAGGAGAUAUUGAGGUGGCUAAGUCCAAAGUUAAGAGAGAAGAACAAGGAGUAUAGUAAACUCAAGAAAUUCUACGACAAUAUUACAAAAAUCAUUAAAUUUAAAUUGAACGAUGAAGCAAUUGUCGGAGGAGAGUGUGAACUUAAUUAUGAACUAGUAAAUAGGAAUAAAAUAAUCAUUAACAACGAUGAAUUAAUCAUUUCUGAUUUAACACAUGAACAAAAUGAAUCCCAAACUCAAAGAACUAGCAAAACCCAAAUAGGAGACCUGGAAAUAGUAGUAUUUGGUAAAGAAAAUGUAGUUAAACUCGAGGAAAAUAUGUUUAUUCCCCUGAGCUAUUACAAUAAACUCUACUCGCACCAGAAGAAGGCACUUAGCUGGUUAAUAAGACUCCACUGUGAAAAUUUGGGAGGAAUACUUGCAGAUGAUAUGGGUCUGGGCAAAACCAUAACAUUAUUAUCGCUGAUUAAUUGUAUUGUAUAUUCUUCAUAUGUAAGAAACACCCUCAUAGACCAUAACACUUGUACAUUAGAUAAUAACACACAAUCCAAUAAUCUUCAACAUAAUAAAGUGAUGGGAACUGAAAAUAACGAAGAUGAAAUGAAUAGGAUAUUAAUAGUGUGUAAUGUAACACUAAUUGACCAGUGGAAGAGUGAAAUUAACAACUGGAUAUUUAAAGGAGUUAAAUUCUACGUCUUACAUUCAAACUAUCUUGAUAAUUGUUAUACAGUGGAUAAUGAUUUAGAUUAUGUCUCCGAAGAACCCUCCAUCUUGAUUUACUUGAUUGGCUACGAAUACUUAAGAAUUAAUAUUGAGAAUGUCAAUAGCUACAAGUGGCAUUAUGUGAUUUUGGAUGAAGGACAGAAGAUAAGGAACCCAAAUACACUAACAACCCUGGCAGUUAAAACAAUAAAAACUACUCAUAGAAUUAUAUUGUCAGGGUCACCAAUUCAAAACAGCCUUGUUGAACUGUGGUCACUAAUUGAUUUUAUAAUACCAAACUAUCUUGGAUCCCUAUCAACUUUCAUGGAAGAUUUUGUUAUCCCAAUUACCAAUACUAAAUAUGAUGCCUCCAAGUACAUCAACAAACUUAAACUCCUGAUUUUACCCUACAUCUGCCGGACGGUUAAGUCUAGAAAGUCUAAAGAUAAUCUUUUUAAUACUCUUACUAACCCGAUCGAUGUCGAUGCCACUUCCCCUACCAGGAUGGAAUCUGGCUCUUCCUCGUCCUCUUAUGGUACUUUACCCCCAGGUUCAAAUCAGAAAGGAACAAAUACACCGCCUAACAAUGAGGAAUAUGGCUGCCCUUCUAAUUCAGAUGAUAGUGGCCUAGUAAAUCAAGAAGGCGAUGUGGGAAAUAGCACAAUAAAUACGAAUAAUGAAAUACAGUUACCUAACAAAAGGGAAAGAAUAAUACUGUGUAAUUUAACGAUGGAACAGUAUAAGCUGUACGUAGGCGUUUUGAACAAGUUCAACUACUUAAUUCGUGACAGAUUUGAAACUAAUCGGCAAAUAACUAAAGAACUUAGGGGAACAAUAUCAAAGGAGCUGGCCCACGAUAAAAACGUACUGAGACUAAUUUCAAUUCUACGUAAGAUUUGCAAUCACCCAAGAAUGCUAGAAUCACAUGAUAUUAAUAGGUAUUUUUAUACAUCUGACGUUAUCAUGAAUAAUUCAUCUUCACCAAAUAGAACCAGCGGGUCAUCACUGAGUCAAUCGUCAAGCAGUUCACUUAAUAACACGCCUGUUAAGUUCAACUUAAGGCUGAAUAAUGGGGUUAGUAAAUCUAAGCUUAGUGGGAAAAGUAGCCAAAGCCCAAGUAAGAGGUGGACAGAAUCAGUAGGGAGCAGUAAGUUGAACGUAAGUUUGAAGAUAAUCGAAAUGUGGAAGAAGGAGAAUAAGAAAAUAUUAUUAUUUACACAGACGAUAACUAUGUUAAACAUAAUUUAUGAACAUUUGUUGGAAACUUAUGAAAAGGACGAGAUUCUUGUUUUGUAUGGAAAACACACAGUUAAGAAUAGGAAUAAAAUAAUAGAGCAAUUUUCAAAUGAUGACAAGGUGUUCUUAAUGAUUCUGACAACAAAAGUGGGAGGAAUUGGACUAAACUUGACAGCAGCCACAAGAAUUAUUAUUUACGAUCCUGACUGGAACCCAAUGACUGACAUGCAAGCUAAGGAACGUUGUUAUAGAAUCGGUCAAAAGAAUGAAGUUAUUAUUUACAGACUAAUAACAGCCAGUACCAUAGAAGAAAAGAUAUACCAAAGACAACUCUACAAAUACUACUUAUCUCAACAAAUCCUAAGCCAGAAUAACGCAUUCUACAACAAGUACAUUAAUAAUUUACAGUACCUGAUCACGUAUCCCAAGCCACCAAUCGUUGUCCCAAUCAAAUCUAAAGAAGAGUCCGUUUCGUCAAACCAGGACGCUACGUCUAACAUAGUAUUGAGUAGCACUGAACUGAGCCGUGGAGUUGACACUAACUUGCAACUUAACCAAAUAUAUGACCAAAAUGAUGACCAAAAAGGAGAUGAGAUAUACCACUUGCUCAAUAACAACGAGAAUAUAAGUUCCUUCAUAAACUACAAUGAGGUUAAUCUGUCCACUGAAAACGAUUACACUUUCCUGAGAAACUACCGCAGGAAGCGUAAGCCCUGUAACAUAGAUGGGGAAGUAAACAAGAAUAAGUUCCUGUAUAACUUAAAAUGCAAGAAUAACAAAAACCUCACAUAUCUGAUCACAGACCAUAUUUUAAACUAUUUCAAAAAUAAAAACAACAAAUCAACAACCACAGAAAAGCUGAUUCACCACUUUAAUCCCAUCAUUCCAGAGGAAAACAGGCUUCUAUUCAGAAGAAUAUUAAAACAUCUCUGCACGUUCUCUAAAAGGGAUAAUUUAUGGCAGUUGAAAAAUAAAUUCAGUGUAAAAUAGUUGUAACGCCUAUUUAAUAAUUCCCUUCACUAAUAUAGAAUUUAAAACUGUUUAAUCUACGUAGUAUAUAGAAUGCUUCUCAAAACAUUAUUUACUUAAUAUAGGCUGAAAAGUUU